AUGGCCGAACACGCUGAAGAUCUCAUUGACUACGACGAGGACGACGCCGGCGACCAGAAGGGCUCCUACGUCGGCAUCCACUCCACCGGCUUCCGCGACUUCCUCUUGAAGCCCGAGCUGCUGCGAGCCAUCAGCGACCUCGGCUUCGAACAUCCCUCCGAAGUCCAACAGGAAUGCAUCCCCCAGGCCAUCCUGGGCAUGGAUGUGCUCUGCCAGGCCAAGUCGGGCAUGGGCAAGACCGCCGUCUUCGUCACCGCCACCCUGCAGCAGAUGGACCCCAAGGACGGCGAGGUGUCGAUGCUCGUGCUCUGCCACACCCGCGAGCUGGCCUACCAGAUCAAGAACGAGUAUGCCCGCUUCAGCAAGUACAUGCCCGACAUCCGCACCGCCGUCGUCUACGGGGGCAUCUCCAUCAAGCAGGACGCGGAGAUGCUCAAGGCCAAGGAUAAAUGCCCCCACAUCCUCGUCGGCACCCCCGGCAGACUCAACGCGCUCGUCAGAGACGGCUUGCUGAAGUGCAACACCGUCAGGACCUUCGUCCUCGACGAGUGCGACAAGAUGCUCGAAUCCGUCGACAUGCGGCGCGACGUCCAGCAAGUCUUCCUCGCCACCCCGCAUGCCAAGCAGGUCAUGAUACACAUCCCUGGUUAA